GUCACUUUGUCAACUUUUUAGAAAACGGAAGAUAAUACUUGUUAUAUACGGCUCUAUUCUUCGUUAAAGGCGAAGCAGGAUCAAAAAGAGACGAAAUAUAUCAAAAUCACAAGUUGGACGUGACUAGAAAUACCACUGAUUUUACCGAAGAAAGACAUCAUUAGAGUCAUCCAUUAUCCCAUUUUGAUCAAUUGUGACGUUUGCCGAUCGUUAUAUGGCAUUUAUUGCUUGAAGUCAUUAGCAAAAUUUAUGGACUGCCGAUACCGUCUGUCUCUUCGGCUCUAACUACGCACUCGAGAACGAUGGAGUUGAUCCUCCAAGAGCAAGGUUCUGAUUCAGUGACCAAAAGCCACAAUGGCAAAGGGCGGCCACACCAAGGUAGUAAAAAUAAACGCCCAGAGAAGAACACAAUGAAUCCUCUCCAGGCUGGAAUCCGAGAUUUCAUCGCACAUCUCUCGCAGAGUGUACUUCAAAAGCAUGAACUGGAUUCUGAAGCGCUCUUAUCAUCUCUCCCAAAAAGAUUUACUGUCUACGAACCGAUGCUCCUCCUGUCAGCAAAUGCUUUCAAUGCUCCUCCAGCUUGGGGUAUGCUAUACACUAGUAUGGAUAAAAUACAACGGACGGCUCUUUACGAAUCAAUUGUGAAAUCCUUCAGCAAAAUGGGCGUGACCCAUAUUGCAAUGAAUGCCCCGAUUGCACUGAAAGAUGCGCACGGAAAAGAAAACAGAAUGCGAAGUCCUGUUGGGCUAGUACCUCUCUAUGGAGAUUUUGGCCCCUUACCUUCGGGAAAUGGUGAGGACACGCAGCCCACAGAGGCGGAUCUUCAGAAGGCAUUCUGGGUGCGGACUAUGCAGAACCAUGGGAUUGUUCAGAUUUGGGCGCCCCUGUACACUAUGUUUUCUCGAGGAAACAUUACUGAGAAGGCGCGCAUAUUGGGUCAAGGAGCAAAUUUCGAAGGACUUGAUUCAUCUUCUCUCCAGGGAGAGGACGUUGAAGAAAUCAGUGUCGUUGAUAUGUAUGCGGGUAUCGGCUAUUUUGUCUUCUCGUACCUCAGAAGAGGGGUCAAGAGGGUCUGGGGCUGGGAGAUCAAUGGAUGGUCGGUUGAGGGCCUGCGAAGAGGCUGCGUGGAGAAUGGAUGGGGCUGUAGGGUUGUUAAGAUACAAAAUGAAGGGAAACCGGAUAUUGCCAUUCCUGAUCUUGUCGAAAGUCUUUGCGAUACGGAUAGGGUUGUGAUAUUCCAUGGUGACAACAAGUUUGCUGCAGACAUAUUGCACGAAAUAAGGAGUAUCAUGGAACAGGGAAAUAGGUGGAAUAGUGUUAGGCAUGCCAACCUAGGCCUUCUUCCUUCAUCCCGCUCGGCUUGGGAGGGCGCCUGUAAGAUGGUCGACCUACGAAGAGGAGGUUGGGUCCAUGUCCACGAGAACGUGGACAUUCAUGAAAUUGAUCAAAAGAAGGAGUACAUUGUUUCUGAGCUACAGAGGCUGAGAUCCAAGGCUCAUCAUGAUCAGACCUCAUUUGUCGAGGGAGUUGUUGAAUGUCGUCAUAUAGAGCAGGUGAAGACGUACGCGCCAGGAGUCAUGCAUUGUGUCUUCGACGUGGAGUUAUCAUGA